UUCAUGUACAAAACAUUCAAGUAUUCGAGGUUGUUAUGGAGAUAUCAAAUAGCAACGAGCUGAAACAAGGUUGUGAAACAUCCAAUGUCACUUGCAGGACUUCAAACGAAGGUUAUUUAUGGUCUGAAGACAAAUAUCGAAGGCAAUGCACAUUUUCUAACCGACAAUGAUGUCUUGUAUCCUAUUGGAAAUGUUUUGGCAGUUCAUAAUUUCUCACAAUGUCGGCAAAGACUUCUCUAUCUACCAGAAAACCGUCAGAUCAACAUUAUUUGUGUUGCACCCACCAAAAAAUUUGUGGCAAUAUGUGAAACAGGAGAAAAACCGUUGAUUUCAAUCUACGAACUAUCUUCUUUGAAAAGAAAAAGGACUCUUGGUAUUCCGUAUGAGGUUUCAGGAGUCACCAAGUUCUCUUGCAUUGCUUUCAGCUUCGAUACUCGAUAUUUAGCUGCAAUCACUGGAGAACCAGAUCAAACAAUGCUCUAUUAUGUUUGGGAAAAAGGGAAGGUUGAAUCCAGCAUCCGUCUAUCAAAUCCACAGAAUUCUUUAUCAUCAUUUUUCUUGAUAUCCUGUAACCCAGGUGAUAUUGGAAUUGUGGCAGUAGCAGGAGACUAUGCUUUCAAAUUUCUUACAGUAUCUGAAACAGUUUGGCGUUCUUAUGGUUUUGCAAAGGCAGACAAUUUACUCAUCAGUUCAAUUUGUUGGUUAAAUACUGACCGACUACUUGCUGGAAUUAAAGAUGGUCGAAUAUUUUACUUCGAAAAUGGUGAGUUAAAAAAUAUCUACAAAAUGGAACAGACCAAUUUGUUGAAUCUUAAAAUCAGGGAGGAGUUUGCUCUCCAGCCUACAUCUUCCCAAACCAAUUUAGCUGCUGAAGUCCAAUGGCCAAAUGAGAUUGGUUGUUUAAUAGCAUUUCCCAAAGGCUUUGCUUUCGCAUGUGGACUUGGGAAAGUUUUGGUUUUUGAAAAACAAGGCCAGCAUAAGUAUCUGAAGAAACAUAUCUUCACUAUUCCACCUCAAGUGUCACAAGAAUCACGGCCAGACUCUUAUAAGAUAAACUUUAUCACCAUUAAUCCUAGUUUCGAUCAACUUCUAGUCACUUCCAACUGGGCCCAGCUGUUUUAUGCCAAGUUGUUUCAUGAAGAAAACUUGGAAACUAAGGAAUUCAGCAUCAUGGGCCAGCAGUUACAUCACGGCCGAAUUGGGCGGAUCUCAAUGUGUGCAUGGAAAUCAGUUUUCAUGACCUACGGAUGUGUUGAUAGGAGUGUCAGAUUAUGGGACUAUGAAACAGAGAGUUUACUUCUGAUGAAACAAUACGCAGAAGAUAUUUUCAGUAUUUCUUUGCAUCCAAUUGGACUUUUCUGUCUCAUUGGAUUCAGCGACAAAUUAAAAUUCCUCACCAUUUUGAUGGAUGAUUUGCUACUCACUGCAGAAUUUUCCAUCCGCAGUUGUCGAACAGUUGAUUUCAGCCAUGGUGGGCAUCUUUUUGCUGCAGUCAACGGCAAUGUCAUCCAGAUCUACUUCACUAUCGGAUUCUCCAAUCGGUUGCUUCUGAAAGGUCAUACUGGGAAGAUUAAAGAGCUCAAAUGGGCACAAAAUGACUUGAAAUUAGUUUCGAUUGGAUCUGAAGGUGCUAUUUAUAUUUGGAAUACUGGAGAUGGAUCAAGGAUGUCUGAAAUUAUUCUUAAAAAUGUAUCGAUUCAUGGAGUAGCUUUUAGUGUUCAAGAAUCAAUUAUUUAUUGUAUCUCCAGUGAUAAUAAGAUCCGUGAAAUUAAAGAAGAUCGAGUUUUACAUGAGUUUUAUGCUCCAGAAGUGGUAAUGAGUCUUUUGUUGAUGAGUCAACAAGAUUCAUUCCUUUUCAUCACUUGUCCAGGUGGUAAAAUUUGCUCUUUUAAGGUUCCUCUACAUGAACCACUGGAAUUUCAGACAUUUCACUUGCAUUCUGAAGACAUAACUGACCUUUCUGUAACUUUUAAUCAACAAAUAAUCGUUUCUUCCGGCAAUGAUGGCAGUCUAGCUUUUUGGAAGCUGCUAUCUAGUAAUAACAUUGAUUCAAUCAAGUGUAUCAACACUCAGGAAGUUUUAAUUAGCAAGAAAGAACUUGAAAAUAAGAUUAAAAAUAUUGAUGAGCUUAAUUUAAAGUUGAAAGAACUGGAAACAGAACAUUCAUAUAACGUGCGUCAAAUUGAAGUACAAAAUAAUGAAAAAAUGAAAGAUAUUCAUCAAGGAUAUUGUGCAGCUAUCGAAGAGUUAAAGGAUCGUAUUGAGCAGCUUAAGGAAGAAAGAAUGAAUGAGUUGAAUAAUAUUAAUCAAGAAAUAGCUGAGAUGAAGGCAUUUCAUGAAAAAACGAUACAAGAAAUGGAAAGUAAUUAUAAUUCCAAGUUAAUUGUGGAGUAUGAUAAGUAUGUAGAGUUGGAGAAAAGUAGUUAUUCAAUGAAAGAAGAUUAUGAAGAAGAAAUAAAAAAGCUACAAGUAGAAUUGAAAGAGGAAUUGAGGAAGACUGUUGAUGAAUUUGAAGUAAGAAUUCAUGAAAAAAAUGUAGAGAUUGAAGAAUUGCAAGAAGAAAUGACACAUUUAGUUGGAGAACAUGAAAAAAUAAAAGAAGAUAUGGAAGAGGAUUUUGAUCGUGAGGUGAUUGAAUUGCGAACAAAUUAUGAAACUCAAUUAUAUAAGGAAAGACAGGAUAAUUUAAAGCUUAAGGGAGAAGCGGGGAUGAUGAGAAAUCGGUAUUCAGCUGCACAAAAAGACAUUGAUGAUCUGAAAAGACAAGUUCUGAACCUGAAAAAGGAUCACACGAGAUAUCAAAAGAAUGUCCAAGUGUUGGAGCGAGAUGUGAUUGACUUGAAAAAUGAAAUUGAUGAAAGGAAUAGCAUGAUUCAGGAAAAAGAUAAAAAAAUUGGAGAAUUGGAGAAUAAAAAUCAAGAAUUAGAAAAGAUUAAAUUUGUCCUUAACUACAGAAUAGAAGAGUUGAAGAAUGAAAUAAAGCCAAGGAAUGAAGAAAUAGCAGAGUUGAAGCAUAAAAUUCAUGAUAUGGAGAUGGAACUCAUUAAUUUACAUAAAGUCAACACGGGUUUGGAGGUCAGAGUUAAUGAACUGAGGGACAAAUUAGUAGGCAUUAAGAGAAAGCUGAGUAUUGAGGUUGAAAAAGAGAGGAAGGCACAAAUGAUGAUCAAGAAAAUUAGACAUGACCUCGCUGAGACUAUUGAAGUUUUUCAAGAUCCAAAAGCGUUGAAAAUAGUUGUAAAGAAUCUUCAUCGACGAUAUGGAAUCGAUGAUGAAUUUUUGAAGAGUCAAGAAUCAGAUGUAAAUGUUUAUCUUGAGUUCUCAAGACAGAGAGAUCAAAUGGAAAGAACAAUAGCGACAUUGAAGAAACAAGUGGUUAGAAAUAAAUAAAGUGUAAUAAGAAUUAGCAUAA